ACAGCGGUUGACGCCUGCUUAUGACUUGCGAAAUGGAGAAAGGAGCUGUUCGGAAAAAACAACAAGCCUCCUUAUUUGAGGAAUUUGUAGUUCAAUAAAAGAAGAACAUCAAGCAGCGGGGCCACACCGACCACAGCCGGCUGGAGACUAACGUUGCCACAUCGGCCGACAUUUUCCCCGAUGAAAUGCAGCACUCAGUAGGAUGAUAAGCAAUCAAGAAGAGGAUGAAUUUGUUGCAGUGCGGGUCCAAGAUCCCCGCAUGCACAACGAAGGCUCCUGGAAUUCCUAUGUGGAUUAUAAAAUAUUUCUACAUACCAACAGUAAAGCCUUCACGGCGAAGACGUCCUGUGUGCGUCGGCGCUACAGUGAAUUUGAAUGGCUCAAGAAGAAGCUUCAGAAGAAUGCUGGUUUGGUGCCGGUCCCAGACCUUCCAGGAAAAUCCUUCUUCUCCUUCAGCAAUGAGGACUUCCUGGAGAGGAGAAGGAAAGGACUUCAGGCCUUUUUGGACAGCGUGGUGAACAUGACAGUGUGUCUGUCAGACAGCCAGCUCCACCUCUUCCUGCAGACUCAGCUGCCAGUCGGUCACAUCCAGGACUGCGUGCAGGGCCACACUCCGUACACUGUGACGGAGGCCAUCCUCACCUACGCCUCGUCCAAUCGGGGCCUUGCUCAGGCUCUGGAGGACGACUCCAUCAAAGAACCGAGUUUGACCGUUUCGUAUGAGUCCAUGGAGAGCCCAGCUCCUCAUCAACCCACCUCCUGCAUGCAACCUAAAGAGACCUUCUGCCCUGAGCUUUUGUCUUGUGGCGACCCUGACCCUCUAGACGACUUACUGGAGGUCUGUAAUAAGGACACAGUUGAGUUUCAGCACAAGGAGAAAUCCUCAGUGAAGGUCCUCCAGAAGAACAACCACUUAGAGGCCGUUUUCGAGGACUGUUCCCCGUCAGAGGUGACCUUUUUCCUGGGUGACAGCCAGGAUGUCCCUGAGAGCCUCAGCCUUACAGAACAGACCCAGCAGAGGAGCUGUCAGAUACAGACACCAGUAGAGGUGCACUCGCCCAUGGGGGCUGACUUUGAGGAGAAAUGUGGGGUGGACAGCUUGCUUGAGGAGGAGUGUUCAGUCAGAGAGGAGAGCACCGUGACAUUAGAUACAGAAGAACAGAGUCGUCCUCAUUCAGACACAGAGGAGAAGGCUGAAAGUUCUGAAGAGGCAAAAAUAGAGAAGUUUGACUGUGAGCCAGAAAAAUGUGUAAAUUCUGUAGUAAUUUUAGAUUUUAAGGAACAGGGACCAGAAAGUGAAGCUGGAUCUCAGCAGGAGCUUCUUGACGUUGUCUGCUCUGAGAAGCAGGUUUUAGAAAUUCAUGCAAUCUCUGAAGUUAAUGGUCAUGACCACGUUGUUAGCUCCGAGGUUCACGCUGAAGAUGUCAGCUGUCCGGAGGAGUUUAAGAGCUCAGACGGACAGAAAGAACCAGAUGACGAAAAAAGUGAUGAAUCUGAGAGCAAAGAGGAGACGACACUUGAGUCAGAAAUCCAUGAAGAAGACAUUGUUGAACAAAUGGACCAAGUCGAACAGGAAGUGGAUGUGGUCAGGACCAAAGAUGACAGCAACGAGGACAGCCACUCAUCUUCCAAUGAGAGCAUCGUCAAGGUCAGCGAUGAAGAAAGCGUGUGUGACGAGACCGAGGACUCUUUCCAGGCUGCAAACGGCUACAUGAAGACGUCUCCUGAGGAGGUCACUCACUGGUCAGAAGUAGAAGUCUCCAGCAGAAACAUUUUGGACCUACACAUGAAUGGAUGCCCUGUGGAAAAACAGGACAUAUCCGCCCAGGAGGACGAAGACGUGCAAUACAUAACUGACAUCAGUGACUUUAGUAAAUCUCUGGACCUUAACUCGACUGUAACCGGUGGAGAUUUGACUGAAAAUAGUGACUUUAGAAUCUUAGAGAGCAGCUGCACGCCUGGCUUGGCUGAUAGUAAAUGCACAGAGCAGGAAACCUUGUCCUUGCUGUCUUUGGACGCCUCAGAGGAGACUCAUGAGGUGGAGGUACAUUAGUGACAGCUGAAUGGCACCACAUCGCAGAACCCAGAAAAUGGAUGGUGGAAGUUGUCGUCUGCCAAAGACACAUUCGAUCACACACACACACACACAUCAACAAGAUGCAUAAAAAGUCUGCUCAUUAUUUACAGUCUUCACAGCGCAGAUGAUCCGGUCUGUCACACAUGUUAUAAGUCUAACUUUUGCUUUUAAAAAUAGUAUUCCAUUUUAAAAUGUGCAUCUUCAUUUACACUCAGGUAAACUAAACAUAGGCACUGAUUUUAUCCUCUGAGGAUGAUGAUGAUUGGCUUUCAGGAACAGCAGAGGGUGCUCACGUUCACAACAACAUCAUCAUAGCGCUGGCUUAUAUAAAGAGCUAAAGGUUUUUAUUGUUGUGUAAACAUACAAUGUGAUUUCAUAAAUGUUUUAAGUUUAAUGUGACUGCUCUGAAACCUAGGCGUUACUUUGUGGGAGAACUGGUCCAAAAUAUGGAAAGAAUAUACACUUGAAUUAAAGGAAAGAUUCACAUUUUGUUUCAGACUAUAUUGACACUGUAUGUACUUUAAAAGACACUGUGGUUGCUUUAAUUGAUCCUACUGUCCAUACUGACCGUCAAGAGAUACCUUCUCUGAAGAAAACCAAAUUCUGGUCAAAAAUGUUCAGCAUAAGCUAAAAUGAAGUUUGAGUAGUCUGACGCAGACAAGUCUACAAACAUUGAGGUCUGGACAAAAUCUCCUCACAACCAGUAUGGACGGUAGAAACAAUUACAGCAACCAAAAACAGUUUGAAUCUAUCCUUACAGUCACUGGAGAAUCACACACAGCCAUUAUCACUCUUGUUUACAGCCUCACUUAAUGUGAAACCCAUAAAAACCCUGCAUAUUUUAACUGCGUCCUAUCUAAUCCCAGUAUUGCAAGUUUAAAAAGUGGCUGUUCUUAAACAUCUCGACCUGCUGCUCGACGAAAAUCCUGUUAUAAUCAUCACAUCCUGUUAUGAUGCAUAGUAACUCUAGCUGGUUUGAUUUGUCUACAGAUGAAACAGAACUCAGUAUCACAGAUUUACAUCAGUUUGGUUAAGUAACGUGUUUGGAUUGAGGCCAAGCGUACAUCUAAUGAGUGGCACACGAUGUUCUCAACAAAAUGUUUUACAGGCAGGGAGAGAGAAAAGAACAAAUUGUUCAGCCCAAGAAAUUUGGUUAUGUUCAUUAUAUUUUAUGUCAUUAUAAUAAAUGAUCAGAAUAAGAAUUGGAACCUCUGUGCAAUGGACACACCGGCACCUUUACAGUGGUGUAAUAAUAAUGUGAUAAUGUGCAUUCUUGUAAUUUCAGUAACACUUUCUGCUCUGUUACUUGAUUUUUUUUUUUUGAAGCUCAAAACUCCCAAAAGAGCAGACACCAUGGUUUACAUAUACUAAGCUUUAUCGUCAGUCUGGUGCGCAGUUGUAGUUUCUCCCAAUGAGUUCAUGUUCUAAAUAACUACAAUUUUUCUUUGUGAAUCACUACAUUUAAACAAAGUAUAUUUCUGUGAGCACAGUCCGAAAAGUCCAGUGUUUAGGAUUUAGGGGCAUCUGUUGGCAGAAAUGGAAUAUAAUAUCUAUAAUUGUGUUUUCAUGAGUGUAUAAUCACCAGAAAAUUAGAAUCCUAAUAUCUACAAACAGAGCAGGUCCUCCUCCGCGGAGUCUGCCAUGUUGUUUUACAUUAGCCCAAAAUGGAGAAACCCAAACACUGGCUUUAGACACGGCAAUUUGAGUUUUGCAUCGCCCACACAGGAGAGGUCUCAGUUCUGUAACCUCACUGCUAAAUGCCACUGAAUCCUACACAGUUGACCUUUAAUUCCAGUUUGUCUUUAACGUGGCUGCAGUUUGACCUUGACAUUUUUUCCUCACACUACAGCUGCUGCUUGUGAUUCUAAUUAUUUUGGUCCAUUUAAAGAAGGGACCCAGAGAUUACUGUGCCGUUGCACAACAGAAAGCUUCAUGAGUCACUCGUCCCGUGUCACAGCCGUGGGAUCUGGUAGGAGGAUUGUAGAGUACUGGGUUUAGCUUUUUUAUAUUGUAAAUGAAUACAGGUUGGGUUUUUUUUUUGUUUUUUUGACAAGUUGCUUUCAAAAACAUUUUUUUAAAGAAUGUUCCAGCUUCGGAGGAGACCUCAAUUUUAUAACAUGGAUCUACAAGGGCAGUGAUAACAACCUGAGUGACUGUGUCCAUGUAAAUCUAAUUUUAUUUCAAAUAAAUAGUUUUUCUUCUUUACUG